AUGACCAACACAGACUGGCCGGAUUCUGAUUAUGAAUAUUUUCAAUCAAAUAGUGAAGACUGGUGCAGAGAAAAGAGCUUGAGAGAUUGUUUUUGUGCUAUUGCUAUGUUUAAAAUAGUGGAGAUUAGUCAUUAUUGGAAGAAGAAUAACCCUUCUCAAAUGGGAGGAAUGGUCCCAGUGUUGAUGGAAAACUCUAUGUUGCUGAACUUUGUUUUACUUUUGUCAACCCGUUUGGUCUUGCUCGGCUUCAAUAGAAGAAAAACAAAGACGCUUCAAUCAUACUCUGUAGUGCCAGGCCUAAAUCUAAGAAAUUUCACUUAUAAUGAGCUAGAAGAUGCUACCAAUAAAUUCAAUGAAGAACUUGGUAGUGGUGCUUCAGGGACAGUGUACAAAGGGUUCCUGGAGAAUGAAAAUGGGAAGAUAGUUGCUGUCAAGAAGUUAGACAAGAUGGUGAGGGAAGGAGAGAAGGAAUUCAAAGCCGAAAUGAGCACAAUUAGCCGGACUAAUCACAAGAAUUUAGUCCAACUUCUUGGAUACUGCAACGAUGGGGAACACCGGCUAUUGGUCUAUGAGUUCAUGAGCAAUGGAUCUUUGGCAAGCUUUCUGUUCCAAAAUUUAAGGCCUAAUUGGUACAGAAGAAUACAGAUUGCCUUCGGAACUGCAAGAGGGCUGUGUUACUUGCACCAUGAGUGUAGCACCCAAAUCAUACACUGUGACAUCAUGCCUCAAAAUGUUCUUCUGGACGAGUCUUUCACAGCGAAAAUAUCUGAUUUUGGAUUAUCCAAGCUUCUGAAGAUUGAUCAGUCUCGAACGACGACUGGAAUAAGGGGAACAAAAGGGUAUGUAGUCCCUGAAUGGUUCAGGAACAUGCCUACUACAAUCAAGGUAGAUGUCUACAGCUUCGGUAUCUUGCUGCUAGAGCUCAUCUGCUGCCGAAGAAAUGUUGAACCAAACGGGGAGUGUGAAGAUGAAAUGACAUUGUCUGACUGGGCUUGUGAUUGCUACGGAGAAGGGAAACUUCAAUUGUUAGUGGAAAAUGAUGAGGAGGCCAAGGAUGACAUGAAGAGGUUCGAGAAGUUUGUUAUGAUCGCGAUUUGGUGCAUUCAGGAAGAUCCGUCACUAAGGCCAACCAUGAAGAAAGUCAUACAGAUGUUUGAAGGAGCUGUUGAAGUUUCUGUUCCUCCAGACCCAUCCUCAUAUAUGAGUUCAUCAAUUUAA